GGCUCACACGACAUUAUCACUCGAGACGUUGAAGUGGAGUUGUAUCGAUAGUAUUCUGGGUUACUUCUCACUUCUCUCCCAUUCUUCCUACGUUUCUCACAAGCAAUUUUUACCAUGACACGUAGUGGUAGAUUGAGACACGAUACGGUAAUACGGUGAGUGCAGUGUGUCGGUGUCUCACCAAGUUAAUCUACUUGAAUGAAAAAGGAAUAACAGUUGGUUUGAAGAGUGCAGUUUUACUCGAGGUCAUCACCGGUGUCUCGUACAUCAUAUUCAUUUGGUGACUGUCAUUCAUAAAUUUUGGAAAUAAUCUACGGUUGUGUGGAAUGUCGCAACGUGAGAGUUUAACGAUAAAUAUUACGAGAAUUUUAUAAAAUUUAAACAACAUUGGAGCCAAUCAUGCCUGCCCUCUUUCUGGCGCGUUUGCCAGUACCUAAUUUUCGGAUUUACACAACUCUCAGUAUUGCAAUACUCUCGUGCUCGGUUUAUUAUGCAGCACAAAUUGUGAAAGACCCAGCAUGGAGAACCAAUCACACGAGUAUUGUUGUGAGGGAUGAAAAUUCAACGGAUAGUACCAGCCCCACUGAUUCGAGAUCGUCUGGCGUGCAUUUGACGGAGCUACUUGCCUGCAUGAUUCAGGAGCCCAUCUGCUUUUGGCCAUUGAUGAACAUGGCGUACUGCGCCCUUAUACUCCUGGGGAAAACUAUCCAGAAGCUGGUGUUUGGUGAACUCCGGGCUUCGGAGAGACAACAUCUGAAGGAUAAAUUUGGAAAUUUUAUUUUCUACAAAUUUAUAUUUGUCUUCGGAGUACUCAAUGUACAAUACGCUGAUGAAGUUGUGUUAUGGUGGGUCUGGUUCACAGCACUCGGUUUUCUCGGCCUUCUCAGUCAACUGUCCAAGGAUCGAUUCGUAUACCUAUCAUUUUCACCAACAACACCAGGCUGGAGUCAUGCACGCCUGUUGGGUCUACUCGGUGCAAUCCUGGCGCUGUCCUUAUUCAUGCUGCUACUAUCCACUGCAGCAGCCUUCUUUUUCGUGUCCUUCAACACAUUUGCGUUUAUGGCGGCCGAGUGUAUAUUACUGGCUGUUAGAACGAUUCAUGUGAUACUGAGAUAUGCUAUUCACCUUUAUGAUACGAGAUCCUCACCCCGUUCAUCGGACAAACGUGGCCCUCUCGCCUACUACACAGAACUGGUGUGUGAAUUGACAGUACUUGCUGUUGACUUCCAUCAUCAUAUUCAUAUGCUUCUUUGGAGUAAUAUUCUACUGAGUAUGGCAUCCCUGGUUAUAUGUAUGCAGUUGAGGUACCUCUUCCACGAGAUUCAGCGCAGAAUAACGAAACAUAGGAAUUAUCUGGCUGUAUUGAGUCACAUGGAACAAAAUUACCCAAUGGCACUUCCGGAAGAGUUGGCUGAGAAUUCCGACAACUGUGCAAUAUGCUGGGAAAAAAUGGAAUCAGCGAGGAAAUUACCCUGCAGCCAUCUCUUUCACAAUUCAUGCUUGCAAUCUUGGCUUGAGCAGGAUACCUCCUGCCCAACAUGUAGACUAGUACUAAGUAUGCAGGCUAAUCGGCGUGAUAAUGCAACUGAGUUGAGACCCGAAUUACCAGAAUCACAGACGUCUGUCGGUAGAAACGACAAUCAUUUCUUUCAUUUCGAUGGAUCGCGAUAUGUCUCCUGGUUGCCGAGUUUCUCAGUGGAAGUUACGCAUAAUAGACUGAGGGGUGAUAUUCUGACAUUGGCGCAUAGUAAUUCACAGUUGGACGCCAUGACUAGACACGUUCAGCAAUUGUUCCCACAUUACCCAAGAAAUGUGGUCCUUGAGGACUUGAGAGUGACAAGAUCCGUUGAAUUGACCGUAGAGAAUAUUUUGGAUGGACGUUUGUUACUACCUCAUCACGUUCUGGGUGAAUUGGAAAGUGAGCCAGUGACCCAGGCCCAACAAGUGACGAAUCACAUAAUGCCCACUUCAUUGCCUCAAAAACCGUGGAAUCCUCAGAUAGAGCUACCAGUUGCUGAUAACAGUGAAGAAUCGUCAACAAUUGGUGGUCGUUUUUCAAAAUGUUCGACAGAACGCGAACGCAUUCUACAGCGUCGUAAGGAGCACAUGCUGAUGACAGCACGACGAAAGUACGUGGAGAAACAGAGAAAAGUUGAGAUUGAAAAGAAACCAUCAAAUACCCAUGCUCUGAGGUCUUAAGACAUUUGAGGGACAAUUUUAACGCUAAACAUGAAGAAAAAAAUCACUGACUAUUUUGGACAUAAGCUUAACAUCUUUUUUUCAUGGACUAAAUGGUCUUCGCUGAUAUUUUUUGGAAUGAUAAAAUUGAUUGAAUGCAUGAGUAAAUUCAGAGUUGCAUGUUGUUUUUCGUAGACGAGCGAUGUUUCUUCAAUUGUUUCCGUUCUAUUUCCUAUUUUUGAGUAACACAUUCAUGAAAACUAGAAACAAAUAGAAGGGACGAAAUAGAUGAAUCAUAGAGAAAAACUUGACAUACGCUUCGUUGGGACUUUGAGGCAUAUCUGAAUUCAAAUGUCCUGUGACACUGUUCAUAAUGAUUUCUUGAGAUUAAAAAUAAGAUCUCUGGUACAUCGACGAUUAAACGAGGACAAAUUGAAGAUAAAAUCAGAUUAUAAGUUGUCGAUAAGAUGAGAAUGAAGGAGGCUGUGUUUUUACGCAAUGUUAUACUUAAAAGCAAAUUUGAAAUUUGUAAAACCAGUGCAAAGUCCCCCCAAUGGACUACUAGGAUAUACGAUUCCCUUUUUAACAAGAAGAGAAGUGAAUACAAUGCAGCUAUUCAGCAUAAGUAAAAAUAGUUUUAAAAACUGCAGUUCCAGAUGAGUAUAAGGAUGAGAUGAGAUGAGACACUGGAUCAACCAUCACACUAGAAUUCACUGAUUUGAGAAAUGUUUGAUACACUUCGUAAAAGCUCAGUAUAUAACAUUGAAUUCCUAGGUCCGAUUUGACAAUAACACCGACUGGCAAUUUGCAUAAUUGCACGAAAAAAUGUUUUUUUCUCUGCAAUCUAGACUACACCUAGUUUGAAUAGUUUUCAUACAUAAAAACCGUUCCAUUAUCAUGUGCCAAGAUCCAAUGAAAAUUGACCCUCUCUCAUUGCAGUGUACAAUGACUCGCACUCCAUGAGAGCAAUAUCCUUACACGAUAUGAGUGUUGUUAGAUAAAAGUCGGUGUUUUUAAUUGUAAUCAUCCCUAUUAUUCACUUAAAAAAUACUAUCUCUUAAUUAUCUUGAUCGUAGUGUGGAUAUUUAUACAUCAGUUAUUCAUUUUUCAAAUAAAGUUUUCGCUAAUCUUCAAGACACAUCUGAGAAUACUGUUGACAAAGGUUUUUUUCAACUUUCAAGGGAAUUUUUGAGGAGAUUUAGGCUCUGUAUCCAGGCAAUUGUACUUUAACCGCAACAAAAACCGUAAUCGAUGAAUGAACUAUAAAAAUUUUGUCAGUGGGGCGUAAAAAAUUUUUUUUUAUGAAUGGACAGACUAAGUAUUAUUGCAACUAAUUGUUUGAUAUUUAUUUAGUGAGAAAUACGAAGGCUCAGAAUGCAAUAUGAAAUAUUUACAUCGUUUGCUCGGGCUUUCAGCUUUUUCCUAGAUUGCUUUAUGUGAUAUAAUCCAAGUUUGCAUACACCUCAAUGCACAUUAAAGUAAACCUCUAACUAAAUAAAAGAAAUGAAAAUAAUAAAAAUUUAAAGAACGAGAAUGUUCGUCUGCUAAGUAAAUGUUGAACAUAAUUUUGCCUUCAAAAAGUGAUUAUUUUUGAAUAAGUGAACUUUUAUCGAGGCAUUAUCAUUGCAAGAGAUAUGAGUACUCGUGAAUAAUUGAAGGAAACAAGUGAGUGAAAUAAUCUUUGAAUUAUGGUAAGAGUGUCGAGCAGUGCUUGGUAUUGAUCGGUGAAGCAAAUAUAUUUCUUUGGUAUUUUCAAUGACUGAUUUAGAGACAUCAUGGAAUUUUCUAUUGAGGGACGUUUUUCAUUUGGGUUUAAUUUAUGCUUACUAACUCGACUCCUCCCCCUCCUCUUGCAUAUUUCCUUGCUCUUAUUGAUCAAUAACUGGUGCAAACUCGAAAAGAUUGUUUUUAAGUAGAUCAUCCUUUCUUUUGUUCAGUGAAAAUUGUUUCACAUAGUUUUAAUUAUAAUAUUAAUGGAAUAUAUUUAUUUAUUAGGAUUAUUGAGUGAUCACAAGGAUACAAGAUUAAUAUUUGUAUAAAGCUUAUGAUGUGUAUGACAAUGAGGCAUGUGUUUAUCCUAGCAUUUUCCACUGUCACUAUUAGGUGUGUCAUACAUACAAAUAUAUUUAGUCUCUUGCAGAUAAUUCUACAGAUAUUUCCUUCAAUUUUUGUUCUUUUUUUUUAAAUUAUUUUUUGCGUUACGAAGUUGGACAAUAAUCCUUUAUGUUCAUUAUUUCAUUCAGUUUUCAACGGUUUGUUAUAAGUUUAACUAGCUCAGAUAUAAAACAUGUAAAACGAAAAUGACUGGUUAAAAUAAAACGUAAGAAAGUGCUCUGUUCACUGUAAAUUUAAUAAAGAAAACACAGCAGUCAAAUGAUAAUGUAGAUCAUAUUUCAUUGCGAUUGUAUUUCUUAUUUAAGUUACAUUCUACCUUCGGGUUGUCAUUGUAAAUAUAAAGAGAAGUUAUACAGCUUAUAUUCAUUUUUAGUUUAAUAAAUCAAUCCUUGCUA